GGAAGCAGCCGGAGACUCUCAUGAGCGCCGAAGAAGAGGUCCGAGGAUGUUACGAACCCGAGUCUGAAUUAAAUCUGUUUCUGUGCUGGUUUCAACUACGAGAGGUCGACUGGACGACAAAGCUGUCAGAGAAGAAGAAACAAUUAGAGGGUGUUCCUGCAGAGUCCAGUCCACUCUGGUUGUUUCUGUUUUUCUAUAGCGCAGCUUUGCGGCACCUGCUGUGAGAAGUUAUCCCAGCCUGUGUUACUGCCUGCUCUUGGUUGGCAGUGAGCUAACGUGAGGAGCUGAAAGGAUGGACCAGAACAACAGUAUACCAGCCUUCCAGGGGCUGGCCUCCCCUCAGGGUGCCAUGACCCCGGGCAUGCCGAUCUUCAGUCCCAUGAUGCCAUAUGGCUCAGGCCUGACACCCCAGCCAGUCCAGAACACUAACAGUCUGUCUAUACUGGAGGAACAGCAGAGGCAACAACAGCAGCAGCAGCAACAACAACAACAACAACAGGCACAGCAGGCUAACACAGGCCUUCCUGGUACGUCGGGACAGACCCCUCAGCUGUUCCAUUCCCAGACAGUAACAGGCACGACUACCACAGCGCUACCAGGGAAUACACCGCUUUACAACACCCCUCUGACCCCCAUGACCCCUAUCACACCAGCCACACCAGCCUCAGAGAGCUCUGGAAUAGUGCCACAACUACAAAACAUUGUGUCUACGGUAAAUCUGGGCUGUAAACUGGACUUGAAGACCAUCGCCCUGAGAGCCAGGAAUGCAGAGUACAACCCAAAGCGUUUUGCUGCCGUCAUCAUGAGAAUACGAGAACCCAGGACCACGGCCCUCAUCUUCAGCUCUGGGAAGAUGGUCUGCACUGGAGCCAAGAGUGAGGAGCAGUCCAGGUUAGCAGCCAGAAAGUACGCCCGUGUGGUGCAGAAGCUCGGUUUUCCCGCCAAGUUCCUGGACUUCAAGAUUCAGAACAUGGUGGGCAGCUGCGACGUGAAGUUCCCCAUCCGACUGGAAGGAUUAGUCCUCACACAUCAACAGUUCAGCAGUUAUGAGCCUGAGCUGUUUCCAGGACUGAUUUACAGAAUGAUCAAACCCAGAAUCGUCCUGCUCAUCUUUGUUUCUGGGAAAGUUGUACUCACAGGUGCCAAGGUCAGAGCAGAGAUCUACGAAGCUUUUGAAAACAUCUACCCCAUCCUGAAAGGCUUCCGCAAAACAACGUAGGACCUGUAGCUUCUUCUUUUACCAUCUCCCCAACCCCGUCACUUUUUACUUGUGAUUUUUAAAAAAAAAUUCCCAUGGAAGCGACAUCUGUAUGUUCUACAAAUGGACUGCUGUAAGGGCUGUCGUACAGGGAUGUGAUUUAGUCCAUUUUUACUUUUUGUCCCUGCAAUGUUUCAGUUUUUUUUUUUGAAAAACAAGCUUUUUAAAGGUGUUUUUUUUUCAGUGUUCUGAUCACAUGUUUAUUUAAAACUCAAUUCUUUCCAUUUAUUCCCAGUUGUUUUCAGUUUAUGCCCAGUUUUUCAGAUUUGUUUUUUUUUUGUCCCAAUCACGUCCUUGAUUGUAAAUAAGACUGUAAGAAAAUGUAAAAAAUUGCCGACUGGAAGAGAGGACUGGGACUGUUGCUGUUUUUAUUUUACGCAGUUUUAAAUAGUUUUGUACAUUGCAUUUUUAGUAAUUGCGUGCUCAAUCUCCCAGUUAUAUAAAGAUCGGUUAAGGCCUGCUAGCCCCACAUUCCUGUUUUAGUAUUUACUAAGAUUUGUUUAUCUCAAACAGAAUGAGUCUGCUUUUCGAGAUCCUUACUUCUUUGAGAUCCUUUUAUCAUUACUCUGUGUACAUUUAAAUCAAUUGGAUCUGCUUUCAGCGUAAAUCUAAUUUCAUAAACUCUGGAAGUAGAUUUGUCUUUAAAUUUAAAAAUUGAAAUGUGAGACAUAGCAUAGUCCAGUCUGUUAAGCAGUAUGCAGUCAAAAGUUGGAUGCUCUUAAGUUUUGAAUUGGCAGAAGUUAAACAGAACUGAUCAAAGUCAUGCUGCUGAAGUUGCAAUGAAGUUGUUGGUUGGUUGGUUCUGCAAGGUUUGUGUCAUGUGGUUUUGGUUUCUGAUACAUUUGUACUUAAAUCUCCUGCAGGGAUGGAGUCAGUCUAAAAAGAAUUUUUCUAUAGAAAUAAUUUACAUUUUGUAAUAUCUGAGAGAAGUCUUUCAAUGGUUAAAUUUACAUAUAUAUAAAUAUGCUUUUAUUUUGAACUGUAAUGGCAUGAGUCCAAAUUUAAAGUGAACAAUGUUUGGCAACUUUUUUGAGCUAACGGGAUGGCUCUUCUGUAAGAGCCAUCAGGAUAGGACAUUUAGACAAAGGACUAACUAAGAUGGGAAGAAAAGACUCAGUCUUAGGUGGAAGAAGAGGCUGACUACUUUAUUUUUAAUUCACAUUCUGCAUCUUAAAACCAUUAGCACUAAAAGACUGUGGUGGCAGAUAAACUAUGUAUCAUGUUGUCACGUUAUCGUAUUGUUUUAAAGUUUUUCUGUGUAUUUUUUGGCCAUUGAAAACCACAUUGAAAAGUUAUCUUUCGAGGCAUUAUUUUUGAGCAUAGGGUAAUAGGCAAAAAGGAGUCUGUCUUUGUCUUUGGUGUCUUGUUUGUUUGCUCAGCCACACACUUUGGCCAAAAGGUGUGUGGCUGAGCAAACGCACACUUUGGCCAAAAAUCUACAUUUGAAAUGAGUUAAAAUUUUGGGCACUUGUUUGUCACACAGGCAGUUUCAGCUGGAUACACCCUUGAUAACAAUGUAAAAGUUUAGCAGUUAACAAAUUAAAAACUGUGGAUUCGCAAUGCAUUUGGUUUCUCCAUCUGUGUGUCUGCCACCUGACGUCUGUAUGGUUAUAGAAGAGAUGAGGUUAAUACUCUACUUUUAGUGUUUAUUCACUUAUUUCUCCUCUGUGAUUCUGAGCAGCAGCCAACUCUGCUUCUUCUAAAAUUGUUAAUGUGCUGCACUGUGCAUUAAUAAACAUGUACAUACUGA